GUGGGAACAUCACGAUGACAGUAUGCAUGCAAUACACCACUUGCUACAACAUCUACAAAACUACAAGGACAGUAGUUAAUACAUUUCACUGUAAGGAUGCACAUUCACCAGUCUGCACCGUGAAAUAAGGUCACAGCCUGAAGGUUGUGCAACAUCAUCUGCAACACACAGAUUGAUAGAAAUUUCCAUAUGAAUGGGAGGCUUGUUGCGUAAUGAUCCAUAUGCGUGUUCCUUUUGGUCUCUUGCCACCAGCCGGACACAGGGGAGGGGUAACUGGUAUAUAAGGACUAUGGGACGACUGCCAGGACCUGACCUGGUGUUUUUGGACAGCCAUGAUGAAGACGCUUGGGAUUUUGGUUGCUGUCUCCCUGUUCCUGGGGACGGCAUCAGCAGCAUCUCUGGGGGUGGUGUACACGGAGGGAGGCAUGGUGCAGGGGGAGAACAUCCGCCUGGGGUUUCGGCGUCACAUGGACGUCUUCAAGGGAAUUCCCUUCGCUGACAUUCCCGGGAGGUUUGAGAAGCCAAAGCGUCACCCUGGCUGGGACGGCAUCCUGAAGGCCACUGAGUUCAGGAAGAGGUGCUUACAGGUGAACCUGCUUCAGACUGACACUCGUGGCAGCGAGGACUGUCUCUACCUCAACAUCUGGGUCCCUCAUGGCCGAGACGUGUCCACUGAUCUCCCCGUCAUGGUUUGGAUCUACGGCGGAGGUUUCCUGGUUGGAGGCUCGAUGGGAGCCAACUUCCUGGACAACUACCUGUACAGCGGACAGGAGAUCGCAGACAGGGGGGACGUCAUUGUGGUGACUCUGGGAUACCGAGUGGGAACCCUGGGCUUCCUCAGCUCUGGAGAUGCGAGUGGACCUGGAAACUACGGUCUGUGGGACCAGCACGCCGCCAUCGCCUGGGUGCACAGGAACAUCCGCUCUUUCGGAGGAGACCCUGACAAUGUCACCAUUUUUGGAGAGUCUGCCGGUGGAGCGAGUGUCAGCUUCCAGACUCUCACUCCCCACAACAAAGGACUGUUCAAGAGAGCCAUCUCCCAGAGCGGGGUCGCCCUCUGCCCCUGGGCUGUGAACAGGAACCCCCGCAAGUUAGCAGAGGAGGUUGCUCGGAAAGUAAACUGCCCUACUGAUGACACAAUGAUGGCCUGUCUUAAAAUGACCGAUCCUGUUCAGCUCACCUUGGCCGGGAGCCUCAACAUACACGGAUCUCCUGAGAAUCCCGUCGUGCACAAUCUGCUCCUGGCUGCUGUGAUCGACGGGGACUUCCUCCCUGACGAGCCCGCCAACUUGUUCCACAACGCCGCCGCCGUCGACUACAUCAUCGGCGUCAACGACAUGGAUGGACACGUCUUCACUGCUCUUGACGUCCCCUCCAUCAACAGGCCUCUGGUGGACACCCCUUUGGAGGACAUGAGGGCGCUCCUGGGUGCUUACACCAAAGACAAGGGCAAGGCUGGUUUGGACAGAGCUUUCACCCAGUACUCAUCCUCCUGGAAUUCAAAUCCCAGCAAGGAGGCAGUCAAGAGAAGCAUCGUGGAAAUUGGAACCGACUACAUCUUCCUGAUCCCCAGCCAGGUUGCCCUCUACCUCCAUGCUGCCAAUGCCACGACAGGCCGAACCUACUCCUACCUCUUCUCUGAGCCCAACCGUAUGGCUGGUGUGGCCAAGCCCUAUCCCAGUUGGGUGGGAGCAGAUCACGCCGAUGACCUCCAGUAUGUGUUCGGAAAGCCGUUCACUACGCCUCUGGGAUACUGGCCAAAGCACCGCGACGUCUCCGGCUACAUGAUCGCCUACUGGACCAACUUUGCCAAGACAGGAGACCCCAACAGAGGGAUGAAAGUGCCCUCGACCUGGCCUAAAUUCUCCAGCUCUGGACACCAGUACCUGGAGAUCAACUCCAAGAUGAACAAGAACUCAGUGAAACAGAAGAUGAGGCUGCGCUAUGUGCACUUCUGGUCGAGCGUUUUGCCCAGCCUGCCCUCAGUUUCAGCUGCUGAGUAGAGACUUUCCACUAUUCCUUUUAUUAAAAACGUUUCGUCGUCAUGCCAGAGUUUGAGGAUCGCAGUAAUUCACUGCGUUCCAUCACUGAGAAAAUAAACCAAAACAAAAAAGUCA